UGAACAAUUCAAAACACACACAUGUACACAUACAUGCAGGUGAAAUUGAAUGACUUGCGGUGCUACGCGCCUGUAUUUUUACAAACACUCUAGGUAAAUAGAUGCGUCACAGGUCACUGGAUUUAUAAGAAAGGAUAUUGACAAAUUAAUACAGACUGUCAAUCCGUUUAAUUUCUACUGUACAUAGUUCUUGGAACAGGGCACUACUACAAGAUUUGUCGCAAAAUGCCGAUCAAGACGCUUGCCGGGAAAGUUUGUAUCGUAACUGGUGCAACAAGGGGUAUUGGGAAAGGAAUAGCUCUUCAGCUCGCGGAGAAAGGCGCUAAAGUUUACGUUACUGGAAGAACUCUGGAUCCAGCAAGUGACUCUAAAAUUGGAGGAUCUUUACGUGAAACCGCACAAGAAAUAGAAGCAAGAGGUGGAAUCUGUGUUCCAGUACAAUGUGAUCAUUCGAAUGACAACGACAUUGAACAAUUAUUCGAACAAGUAAAACGUGAAAAUGAAGGUCAGUUGGACAUUUUAGUCAACAAUGCCUUUUCAGCAGUUAAAACUAUGGCUGAUCAACUGAGCUUGAAGUUUUGGGAGCAGUCUCCAUUGAUUUGGGAUGACUUCAACGUUGUAGGGCUGCGUAACAAUUACAUCUGUGCUGUGCAUGCAGCUAGGAUCAUGGUACCGAGGAAAAGGGGACUGAUAGUAAACAUUUCGUCAUUAGCUGGUCUCCGAUACUCGCACAAUGUUUCGUUUGGUGUUGGAAAAGAAGCUUGUGAUCGUAUGGCAGCGGACUGUGGAUUUGAACUACAGAAACACAAUGUAGCGUUUAUAAGCCUGUGGGUAGGAAUGGUUGGUACUGAAAAUGUGAUGGCAAUGCUUAGGGACAACGUGAAAGAACCUAAAGCUGAUAUUGACAUAGGACUACCGGAGUCAAUGAGGAGUCCAGAGAAGAUGCUGGAAUAUUUUGAAAAGGCUGAAACACCAGAAUUUGCGGGCCAAUGCAUUGCUGCAAUAGCAAAUGACACCGACUUGAUGAAAAUGAGUGGCAAAAUUGUAUCAACAUGUGACCUAGCAAGGAGAUAUAACCUGAGGGACUCCGAAGGACAUGGGCCUACGGAUUUCCGACAGAUAAAUACGCUUUUACAAUUAUUUGGACACCCUUGGCUAGCAUGGUGUAUUCCAGACUUCGUUCGGAUACCGAAAUGGGUCGUAGCACUUGGUGGAAAUAAUUUCUUUUAAAGCAAGCUUAUUUCAAAGGUUUUAAUACAGUGGCUUAAGUUUUGGAAUAUAAGCAAGUUGAAAAUGCGUGUUUUACAGAAAUUUAUCAAAGAAGUCUUUUUAGCUCACCAGAAGACAACGCGAACCAGAGCCGAAAAUAGAAAACACUCAAAUGACAUCUUUUCCGCACUGAUUGAUGACAUGAUUUCAUAGAAAUGUGCCUUGGAUGACUCUGUACCAAUAUAUUUCUGAUAAUUCUAAUUUGUUGAAACAUAUGGCCACCAGGGAGCGUGGUCGCUUUUACUUAUAUGAAUUUACUGGAAACUUACAAAUGACCUUGUCAGAAACUGCUGGCCAGAAUUGAAAUGACUUCACAUAAGUGCUCAUUGGGUGACAGAUUGUUACUAUGUAUACUAGAAAUGUUAAAGAUCAUGACCGUAGCAGUAAGCCCGAUUUUAAAAUGAUUUUUAUAAAAAUGUUCAUUUGGUGACCUUCUACCACGACUGUUCAAGUUAAUAUUCUGAUUCAUGCGAAAAAUGCCAUUGCUAAAAUUAGAACAGAUUUUCAAACCACAUCUUUUAAACUUUGGUUUGUUUUUGAAAUAUUUUCACAGAAUUUUUCUUGGGUGAAACUGUUCCAACAGCGUUCAGCCAAUGUUUAGUUGUCAAUAACAUGGCCGUCUGAGCUAAAACUAUAACAAAUCUUCAAGCGACAUUUUAUCCUUAACCGCUGGUCACGUCACAGAAAGUGUUUCAUUGACGAUCCAGAACCAAGAUUAUUCAAAUACUUCUUAGCUAUCGCAAAUAUAGCUGCAAGACAACGAGGUCCCUUUUCCACUACAUAUAUUCGGGUUGGAAAUUGCUUUCCCGAUUUCAUAGCAAUUUAGUAUAAUGUUGUUCUGGACGGCUUUUUAGCUCACAUGAACCAAAGUUUCAGGGUGAGCUAUUAUUAUAGACAGGAGAUCUGUCGUCCGUCAUCAACAUAUAUGAACUUAAAUAUCCUACCUACUGAAACUACUGGCCAGGAUUACACUAAACUUGGUUUUAUCUCAUUAAUUUCUCUUACCAUGAUUCUUAGUGCUGUAUAUUUCUGGCUAUCUUUUAAAACAUUUACUUGAUCUGAAGAUGACUUUAGACCAGCUAACAGCUGUGUGGAAACUGUUUUGUAAUAGGCCGAUCAGGUGUCUUUAAAAAGGCAUAUACUAAAACCUGGAGUGGAGUUUAUUAACGGAUUUAUUUUCAAAGAUUUUAAUAAUUGAUACAACUCUGAUUUUUAAAUAGGUAUCUUUUUUAUUUUACAUCCUAUUCAGAAUGCGAUUUUAUUUUUUGUUUGCUGCAUUGUUUUCAUGCUACAUGCUAUUGAUUCCAGCGAUGAAACAGUAUGUCUUAAUACGAACAUUUUAAUGUCAAAGGUACAAGAGCUUUUAAGUUCUGAUCACUUGUCUUGUUAAUAUCUCUCCGCAUUUCUGCAUUUCUGUUCUUUUAUUAUAAUAAGCAUUCAUGAUACAUUUGCAGUGUGUUGUGCAUAUAUAUAAGAUCAAAUAGUCAAGAGCAGUUGAGCCACUUCGGACCAUCAUGGUUCCAUUGGCCCCAAUGUUACCUGCUUCGAUGAAUGAUUAGUGCCACCAUUCAUAUACUUCGUUUUAUAUUUUAACUUUAUGAUUUCCAUCUAAUGAAUAGCUGUACUACUUUUUGUAUUUUCUCUCUGUGUUACGUUUAAACACAUUUCAGUGUUAUCUAGGUCAAAAGGUCUAUAUCCUUAAAGUCAGUUCAGGUAUACCCAAUCCUAUAUUUACACUUGGAAUUCAGUUUACACGACAGUGUGUUUACAAACAUGUGUUUACUUUGUUUUGAUAUGAUAAUUGUAUAUUUACGCAAAUGCUGUACAGUUGUUACAUUUUCAUAUAAUCGGAUAUUGACGUUUCCUUUUAUAUUCCAUAUAAUAUUAAGUUUAAAUACACCUCGAAUUGAAAUGCAA